AAUCCGUUAGCUUAUUUCGAUUUUCUUUUGUUUUUAAGAAGCAUAAUCAAUCUGUUAGCUUAUUUCGAUUUACUUUUGUUCUUAAUAAGCAAAAUCAAUCUGUUAGCUUAUUUCGAUGUACUUUUGUUUAUAAUAAGCAAAAUCAAUCUGUUAGCUUAUUUCGAGUUACUUUUUGUUUUUAAUAAGCAAAAUCAAUCUUUUAGCUUAUUCUGAUAUACUUUUGUUUUUAAUAAGCAAAAUCAAUUUGUUUGCUUAUUUCAAUGUACUUUUGUUCUUAACAAGCAAAAUCAAUCUGGUGGAUAGAACUUUUCUGGAUGAAUCAAGGAGGGAGAGUAUCACUCGAGAUGAUAUAGCAAAGGUUAUGGAAGUUGGAGAAAACCAGUUGUUCACUUAUACAUUCAGAUGUGUUAUUCAUCACUUGAAGAGUAAGCUUAACCUUGCUAAAACUAAGGGGAAACAAGACCAGGUGAAUGCCUUGCUUGCAGCUGCUGAGGAGAUCAAUUUGAGCAAAUGUCAUGGUCACAAGAAAGCGUCUGAAUUUGUAGUUGGCUGCUUAGAGUCUAUCUUGAGAUUUGAAGCAAAUAAUGAUGAUGUUCAUGCGUGGAGUAUUGGUUCGUGCAACGAUUCUGUCCAUGACAAGGUCCAUGAGGCACUCCCCAUGUGCCUAUCGUCACAAUUGAUUCAAAGGGGGUCAGGAGGGUUGGAAGAUCUUCUACCUAUCCGGAGAUUAUGUAAUGAAUGAUGAUGAAAUAUUAUUAUAUGAGUAUUAUUGUGUGUGAUU